GUGGGUGUACCAGUAUUUUACUGUAGUAUUAUUCCAGUUUGUGGAUGAGCCCACGGCUGAUGCGCACAUCACGUCUACCAAUCAACACGAGGCGCACUCUCAGCCACUGAGAGCAGUCAAUGAAUAUUUAUGCCGAGGCUGCUCACUCUCCAGCGCGCAAAGUUAGUGGAUUACCAGUGGGAGGAUGUGUCCGUGAUACAACAUCAGCACCUCGUUUGGAUUAAGAUCCAUCGUUUUCGCCGAUUGCCACUUCAAAUCAGCGGUGCGAAGGACGGCGGUGUCAAAAUUGCACUCCAAAAUCUCGUUUCGGGGGGAGACGCGCCGUGCGCAUCACUUCAAAGACUUUGCUCUUUCUUUCCCCUUUCCUUCUAAGAUGCCCAGUCUUGGUCUAUCGUCAGCAUCAGCCCACAUCAAACCGGGCUGCUCGUUUGAAAGGACGCCCGACCGCAGCCUUUCUAAUCUGCAAGUUCAAUCCGAUAAAUUGUGACAAAGGCUGUCAGCGUCGCAAUAAGAAAUCGAUACUCGAGGCGUUCUUCUGGAAUUUAAACGAUCUCAAGUGAACCUAGCGUGGGGCGCUUUUGCUCCUCAGAUGUUUCAGAUGUUGAUGGUGACAGAUUAUUGUUGUUGAGUGUCCAUGCGAGACUUGGGGUGGAAACAUGUCUGGCCACUUCUCUGAGGGGAUCGCUGCUAUCAGAGAUGGCAUUUUGGUCCAGUACUUCGGUUUUUACUUCUAAAGUGCCCCGGAAGAUCUUAUUCAUGUUCACCCUCUCCCUAUCUGUCACCUAUUUGUUUUAUAGCUUGAUGAGCUGUUACAACUCCUUUCAGUUCCAGGAGAACUACGUCUAUCAGGGGAGGCUGGUGACCGAGGAGACAACUUUGGUCACGCUGAGGGAGAAACUUUACUCCCCCACUUCCCAAGUGUACCUGGACGAGGAGUUAAUCGAAAGGACGGCGACCGUCUCGAGCGUUAUAAAUAACGUGGGGGUCGAGGAGAGGACAGCGGGAUGGGUGCGAGCUCGGGCGGCCACCCCGAGCAGCGUUUCGGGCGCAGCGGCCGCCGCCGAGCGCGAACACCCGGAGUUCAGCACCACGGACAGCGACCUGCGGAGAGCCGUGAACUGCACCUCGGAUUACGGCGUGAAAAAACUACCACAAGCCAUUAUAAUCGGAGUGAAGAAAGGGGGUACAAGGGCUCUGCUCGAAGCUUUGCGGGUACAUCCCGACGUUCGGGCUGUUGGGAACGAGCCACACUUUUUUGAUAGGAACUACGAGAAGGGUCUGGACUGGUACAGGGAGCUGAUGCCUUCCACGCUAGAAGGACAGAUCACAAUGGAAAAGACGCCCAGCUACUUCGUGACAAACAGCGCUCCGAAGCGAAUCCACUCGAUGGCGAGGGACAUUAAGUUAAUCAUAGUCGUGCGCAAUCCGGUGACCAGAGCUAUUUCAGACUAUACUCAGACACUAUCUAAGAGGCCAGAGAUUCCUACUUUCGAAGUCCUGGCUUUCAAGAAUCGAACGCUGGGAUUGAUUGACGCAUCCUGGAGCGCGUUGAGAAUAGGGAUCUACGCGCUUCACCUGGAGAGCUGGAUGCAGUAUUUUCCUCUCUCGCAGAUGCACUUUGUCAGCGGAGAGAGGCUUAUCGUUGAUCCAGCGGGCGAGAUGGCAAAGGUGCAGGAUUUCCUGGGACUCAAGCGCAUUGUUACCGACAAACAUUUCUAUUUUAAUAAAACCAAGGGAUUUCCUUGCCUAAAGAAGCCGGAGGACAGCAGCACCCCACGGUGCCUCGGCAAAUCCAAGGGCAGAACUCACCCCAAAAUAGACCCCGAUGUCAUUCGCAGACUGCACAAAUUCUACAAGCCCUUUAAUAUGAUGUUUUACCAAAUGACCGGGCAAAACUUUCAAUGGGAGCUGGAGGAGAACGGCACCUGGCCUGGUUCUCGAUACUAACAGACCGCUGCUCCCCGCACCACCAGCCUUCUCAUUUUAUUCGAAACAUGCUUCAACAUGUCAAUCAAUCAUGGCUGUCUUUGCAAAACUGUGUGUACUCAUAGCAAGAGUAAUAAUCUGCUCUGUCAACCCCCGAUACCAAUGGUGUUCAUGAUGGCAAACGUUAUUGUAUAUAUAUUAUCAUAAAUAUAUUUAUAUUUGUGAAGAGAAGAGGAUUUUAUUGGUUUUGUUUCGGAAAGAGUUGCCAUACGAAUCACGUCUUCUGAGAUGAUGCAUGCGAUGAGUUAAGUGUCCUUACGCACCGUCACCCCGAGGGUUUCAUUUCUUAAUCUUUUCCCCUCUCUCUCUCUCUCUCGCUCUAUAUCUCUCUCGCACACCAGCAGUAAGUGCAGUGCAAUUGACUCGGAUGACCAAGGCCAUUUGUGGAUUCUAAAGGCUGUACAACUACAAUCAAAUGUAGAAAUUAUUGGGAAUAUUUCACAUGUUUUACACUGUAUGUGAGAGCUUUAGUUCAUGGCUUAUAUCGUUGGGUUAAAUUAAUCCUGGAAAUGUUUAGAUUUGACCCAACAAUUUUUAACCCAGCAUUUUGGGUUGAAACAAUUCGGCAUAGGUUAAAUAACAACCCAAGGGCCUUUUUUACCCAAUACUGGGUUGAAAAUAAUCUAGCAUUUACACAUAGGUGUACAGUAAAUGUUACUGUAUGCGAAUGGUUCAGCAAUCGAAAAAACACAUUCUCAAAUGGAUUUCAGUUUAGUAUUCUUCGAAUUUUGACACUGUGGAACGCUCCGUAUCAUAAAUCACUUUGUGAACGAUGUUUUUAUCACGAGCAGCCUUUUCUUCUCAAGAUUAAUCCCGUUUCUUAUGUGAGAUGAUCGCAUCCAUUAUAACACUCAAGGCUUAUUCUAAAAACUCCAAAACACUGCACAUAUGAUUCAUCCCAGGGUUUAACCGUCACAUUGUUUUCAGAUGCAGUUGAUACAGAAACACGAUAAUGAGUCUAACAGCAAUGCUGCUGGAGUGAUCAGCAGGGAGUUACCAAACAUCUGCUGUAACAAAGUCUUUUGUCAUUACAGACAAAUACCACAUAAAAGAGGUGCCUGUGAAAAUCAUAAAUAAAGUGAGGACAUACGUGAUGGACAUAUCAGAUUCAUACAUUCUCAAAAAAAAAAAAAAAAAGGUACAAAGGUUGUAAUUGGGAGGUGGGACCUUUUCAAAAAGUACACUUUUGUACCUAAAAGGUGCAUACUGGUACCUCAAAGGUACAUAUUUAUACCAAAAUGGUACAUAUUAGGACCUUUUAAAAAGGUACUGUCCCAGUGACAACUUUUGCAUCUUUAUUUCCGAGAGUGUACUUUUAAAUGAUUAAUUUGACAUAUGUGUGGUAUCACUGUAAUGAUUUUAGAUGCUUUUGUUUUUCACCAAAAAGCCAUAUUGUUUUUAUUAAGCAUAUCAUGUGGUUCAAAUGUCGUUCAAUGUAAAUCUAUUGUCUCAGUCCUGACCAUUCAUAAACUGAACGAAUCUUUGAUGGUGUUACUACUGCAUGACCUCUUCAUGCCAAAACCGCUCUAAAAUACCAGUGUAUUUGCUUUUAUUUAUUUAUUUAUUUUUAACCAAGUUAAUUUAACUGUGUUAUGUUAUCUUUUUAAUGAAACCAUAUGAGUCUCUGCUGAAUAGAGCGUUACAUGAACAGCAAGCCAUGAUUAAAUACAACAGGUUGGAUAAUUUUAAGAAAACGGUAAUUACAUUUGUGCCAUGACAUUUAAAAUAAACCCGCAGAAUAUUAAACCGAGAUAAGGUGGAUUGGCCUUUCCUUUAUAAUUUAUUUUCUAAUAUUAUUUGGUAUAAACAUGCAGGCCACAAUGAACUUAAUUAUGUUAGAUAAACAGAAUAACUGUAUUGGCAUUAAGUAACAUUAACAAGAAUUAAUACAUGAUGAAAAGCUAUAAUGUU